AUGGUUCGCAACGAGAAGCAUGACCAGGAGGUCAACGAGAGUUUGGCGGAUGAGAAGCCCAUCGACUCGCAGCUCGAGCAGGCGCAGGCGCUCGCCGACCUGCCAGACCCAGACGCCGGCAAGACACUGGAGGAGCGUGCCGCCAUCGACAAGAAGCUCAUGUGGAAGGUUGACCUCUGGCUUGUCCCUUGGCUUUCUCUUCUUUACCUCCUCUCGUUCCUCGACCGGACCAACAUUGGCAAUGCCCGUCUCGCCGGCAUGGAGGCCGACCUCCACAUGGAGGGCUCCGACUACAACCUGUCCCUCACCAUCUUCUUCAUCAGCUACGCCGUCUUCGAGCCCGCGACCAACGCCCUCCUCAAGCGCCUCACGCCCCGUAUCUUUUUCACCGGCAUCAUCGUUUGCUGGGGCACCAUCAUGACGCUCAUGGGCCUGUGCCACAACUUCUCCGGUCUGCUCGCCGCUCGUUGGUUCCUCGGCAUUGCCGAGGCCGGACUCUUCCCUGGUGUCAACUACUACCUCUCCUGCUGGUACAAGGGGUCCGAGAUCGGCGUCCGCUCCGCCGUCUUCUUCUCCGCCGCCGCCCUGGCCGGCUCGUUCGGCGGUCUGCUGGCCGCCGCCAUCGCCAAGCUGGACACCGUCGGCGGCAGGCCCGGAUGGGCUUGGAUCUUCAUCAUCGAGGGCCUGGCCACGGUCUUCGUCGGCAUCUUCUGCUGGUGGAUGGUCUUCGACUGGCCCGAGAACGCCCGCUUCCUCACAGAGGACGAGCGCAUCCGCGUGCAGCGCCGCCUCAUCGCCGACAAGCAGGGCCGCACCGCCGAGGACUUUGACAAGCGCCACAUCUACGCCGCCAUGAAGGACUGGAAGACGUACGGCUACAUGGUCAUCUACAUGGGCUGCCUCGUCCCCCUGUACGCCUUCUCCCUCUUCCUGCCCACCAUCCUGGCCGCCAUGGGCCACAAGGGCACCAAGGCUCAACUGCUCUCCGUCCCGCCCUACGCCGUCGCCGCCGCUCUCACCGUCACCGUCGGCGUCAUUGCAGACCGCACCCGGUGGCGCGGGUACUGCAAUGUCGCCACCGUCACCAUCGGCAUCGUGGGCUUCGUCAUGCUCCUCGCGUCCAGCGACCCGCAGAUCCAGUACGCCGGCACCUUCCUCGGCGCCGCCGGCAUCUACCCGACCAUCUCCAACACCCUCUCCUGGGUCAUCAACAACACCGAGGGCUCCCUCAAACGCGCCUUCGUGCUCGGCAUGGUCGUCGGCUGGGGCAACCUCAACGGCGUCGUGUCCUCCAACAUCUACCUCAAGCGCGAGGCCCCCCGGUAUUUCACCGGCCACGGCGUCGUCUUGGGCUACCAGAUCCUCUUCCUGCUCGGCGGCUCCAUCUUCAUGCACGUCGCCCUCCGCAUCGCCAACAGGAACCGCAGGGCCGGCAAGAUGGAUGCCAAGUGGGCUGCCAUGACGGACGAGCAGAGGUGGGUUGCCGGCGACGAGCGCCCCGACUUCAUGUAUACUCUCUAA